AUGCAAACAGGCUACAUGGUGAGUUCGUCACACGUAUCCCCGGGGCGUUGUUUAGAAGGCGCUAUAACUGACAGUCGAUAUGACUUCGAAGAGCUGGCUGCCAACGACUGCAAAUCACUGAAUCAAAAGGAUACAGGGCGCUCAUCGCUAAAAAUCGAACGCUGUACUCGGGGCGGCACCUUGGGGCGGUAUCUCGAUGGACCGCUACCCAAGGGAAAGUUACAGCAGUUUUCCGUCCAGUGGCAGAGCUACCAGCUCUUUGCUACAACGAAACUCCUUGUGGCGGUGUUGACGGAUCCGUCGGGAGGGGCAUUGCUACCUCCAGUGACCUUAGCUCAGGAGCUUGGUAAAAGAGGCCACGUGGAACUAGGGCCAGAUGAGUGGUGGGCACCAUCAACGCGGAAUCUCUUUGGAGAUGAUAAUUUACGGCAAAAGCGUGACCGCUUCGGCUUGCUUAUAAUAGAGAAUGUAGACGCCAUGGGAAACAAGACCAUGUUCGGUAAUGAUUACGCUCGCCUACGACCGACUCUUAUUACCGACGCAAAUGGGAACAGAGCCCAGACGGCUCUUAACCCCCUCGGCCGCAGGGUAGGAGUGGCCGUCAUGGGCAAAAAGGGGGAGCCUGUUGGAGACAGCCUGGAUAAAUUCUCAGCCGACCUAACCGAAGAUCAAUUGCAACAGUUCUUCGGUAAUCAGUUGGGAACGGCGGAAGAGCUCCUACAAUAUGCAGGGCGGCAGACAAUAUAUGGCUCGGGCUGGUUUGGCCAGGAGAAGGUAUCUCCAGCAUUUCAAGCGGAACUCGUGCGUGACACGCACUACAAGGAUGGGCCAGCCCAGAUCUCGAUUAGCCUCACCUACUUUAGUGGCAAUGACAGGGCGACGCAGGGUGUACGUCUGUCUAAAGAGGACCAAGCCAACGAAUGGCAGUUGUACAGUGCCCUGGCAUCCGACAAAGGGCACGCUGUCAAAGAGUCCGCCAUUCUUCAAGCCAACACAUGA